AUUUACUGUACUCAAAAUUAGACUCGUACAGCCCUGAAUUUCUGCUGUCGGGCCUUGCACUGUUGUAGACGAGGGUCGACGGAUUGUCAGUGAGAUUUUACGGUUGGGCUUUAUAACAGCGAGCGAUGACAGGAGAUUAUCGGUACCCCAUAAUACCAUGUGAUUAACAGACUUCUAUAAAUAACACAGGCGCAUUUGUCACGAUGCUACGACGUGGAGCAACUGGAUAUUGAUUAAGAAAUACACUGACAGUUAAUAUAAUCUAGUAUUUUAUAUUAUACAGUCUGAAAUAAGAAUUAAUAUAAGCUUAUCUAAAAACACUGGGCUACAAAAACGGCGUAUUUCAGCAAUCACAAAGUAAUGUUGUAAUUACUUGUAGCACAACAGGUCAAUCCUGGAGUGGUUUCAUGCAGUCUGUGAUUGUAGCUGACCUUUAAUUUGGAGUAUUCAACAGUCGUUUACAUCGCUGGAGCCAAUCAGAGGAGGACUUGACGCUUACGUCAACGUGUUCAAGAAUUUUCUUUUGUUAGCGUCGUAUCCGUCGCCCAAAUUUCCCCCUGAGGCCAUUUUUUUUUAUAAUAAAAUGCAGAAUGAAUUUGCGGUACAAGUGUCGCAGUUUGUGUUUUACUAAAAACUAGACAUUUCUCUUCAUCUUCAGUGCAGGGAGGUGAACAAACCGGGUAGAGGAGGGCAGGAAGUAGGCGGGUUCUUUAGCUGCUCUGCUAUUGGCUUUAGCUGCCUGCGCAUUAUGGUUUAAAUGUCUGGCGGUGAUACCCAAGCUGAAAGAAAUACGUUUGAGAAAACGUUGUAGCUUGUAUAUUUUAGGGCUUUGUUUAGAGCUUAUAACGCACUGUUUCUGCAGUGUAGUAAAUAUCAGUCCACAUAGCUCACAGACCCGCUAUGCGUGUGUAACAACGCUAGCUUUUGAUAGGGUUUUUCAGCUUUGUGGUCUGCUGUUGGACUCCCUUUCAGAGAUUAUCAAAGCAACAAGAUGGUGACCAGGAGGAUCCGCUCGGAGUACAUGAAGAAAUUCAAAGACCCCAAAUGGGAGACGUACACUAAGUGUUAUGAGGAGAUGCUGAAAUACAGGCUGACACGCAGGCUGCUGGAACACACACACAACCCCUUUUUCUGGGGUGGCUCCGACUCUGAUUCAGACUCUGGAGGAAGGAGUCCCCUUCCUCCCGGUAAGAACCAGGUCCGGGCCGAAACCGGCCCAAACGGGUCAGUGGCUGAGCUGGAGGAGUGCGAGGGGGCGAGGAUGGACAGAAACACUUGGACUGUACCCAGACUUCCCCUUCAAGAGGAGGAGGAGGAGGAGGACGUCAAAGUGUCUGCUAGACAGUCAGCAGUCAGUGGUGUCGGAGAGACAAGAGUACCAGAGGAGGAGAGAGAGGAGCAGAGAGCCAACAACAGUAAACGCCCUGACAGGGAACAGGACAGAGAGAAAGACGCUGGUGGACCACAGCAGAGCAAACCCCGUAAAUCCUCAAAACAAACUUGGCGCUCCCAGCGGGUAAGGCCUGCACCAGCACAGCAGCCCAGGGAGGACAGUAAGGACAGAAGGCAUCCUUUCGCUCUGUACGGCUCAGGGGAGAAGGACGCAGACAUCGCAAGCAGGAAGACACACAAUGUUGGCCCUGCAGCUUCGACUAAUGAGAUCCACGAAUCGGCUCUGCGUGCUAAGACUCGGCGGGAGGUGGAACGGCAGAUUCAGACUCAGAGGACGGAGCGCCGGAGAGCCAAGUCUGCCGAUCUGGACAAAGCCAGAAAGGUGGUUCAACCAGAAUUCAACCCCUGGCUCACUGAGUACAUGCGCUGCUUCUCUGCUCGCUCCCGAUAGGACACACACACACACACACACACACACACACACACACACAGUCAGCAGAAUACAAAUACAAAAAUAAAGCCAUUAUUGCCUCUCAUCCCUGAAGUUUAAAUACCUGUAGAUGUAGAAAAUAGAGCACGGUGCUCUAAAAGUGUAUCACUCUUGUAUUCAGGAUGUAAACUGACCUCGAACCUCGAACUUUGAAAUUCACAGUGUGGCUUACUAUUUUACUUUUUUAUAUAGAAAUCAAUUUUAAUAUAUAUAAGAGGAAACAUUUUGCAGGGUAGAAGUGACUCUGGGAAGAAAUGAUUUGAAAUAAUUAGAUAUUUGGACGAGAAUGCAGAGCCUGAAAUGCAGCCGUACUUUGAUGCAGUCCCUUUAAAUGCAGGUUAUGUAAAAUGUGCCCAUAUUCUUAAUACAGGGAUCACAGCGGACUCUCACAGGGGUAAUGAACACACAUGGCAACAUAUCUUCUCAGAUUCCGACGCCUUCUUAAAGACGCUUUUGGUGUAAAAUGUCUGACCACAAACAUGAAGAAAUGUACAUACACUUAUUAGAAACAUAUAUAUACAAAUUCAAAUACACAAUUUGUUGAUUUGUUUAUGUUUUAAAAAAAAGUCAUCCUAAUUACAGCAGGCUCACGGUUAAUUGAAGUUUCUCAGUAUUUAUUGAUUAGGUAUUGACUGACAUAUAGAAGCAGUUAUGUUAUUAAGAGUUUUACAGCUUUUCAGAUCACUUAGUGCUUUCAGCUGGUUCUUGUGGAUUUAAUGACUUCUGUAACCAUUAAUGGAUUCAUCUCAACUGACUUGGUUUAGAAUAAGUAGUGCAUCACACUCUGUGUAAAGUCACAGUAAUGUGAGGUGGUCGUUGGAUUUUAUCAUGAGCUUAUGAGUGCUUUUACAUGUUAUUGACCUCAAACAGUUUCUUAGAAACAUUUGUGUUGUUGUUUAGUUUUGUUAAUGUCUGUGUACCCUAAUCAGUCGACCUGGUGCUACCGCAGUGUGAAAGUAGACAUAUGUGACUUUUAAAGCCAUCGGAUGACAGUAAAUUAUUGUUAUACAUUCACUGGUCUGUAGACUCUUUCCAUCAGAAAAAUGUCAUGUUAAAAAUUACCCUGAGGUUGCUUUUAAAGCCUAAAAAUCAUUAUUGUCUCUAUUGGCUUAUGCUUUAGUACUGAGAGAGGAAAGAUAAUGACAAUGGACGUGAGGCUGAUGCCUAACUUACCUGCAGUGAGAAGUACAUGAGUACAUACUGCUGAGUUACUGCCCUCUGAAGCAGUAGACCAAAUCAAACAGCACUUUGAGCUAUUUGUACAGAAAUCCUUGCUAACCAUUUAGGUUUUCAUGUUGUUCCCUCAUCAGUUGUUUCUGUAUAUUUUUUUAUAUGUUUAUGUGCGAGUGUAUUGAACAAUGUUAUUUGUGCUCACACAAGAAGACAAAAAUGGACUUUGAAUCCUUUGUGUGUUGGAUCUGUUUUCUUCACGACAUGAAAAAUCAGAUCCUUCUUGGCUUUUUUGUGUCGGCAAUCAUGAUGAAAUCAGCUCUGUGCCAUAAAGACUUUGGAUGUUUUUCUCUUUACAACUUGGAUUACUGAUGUGAAUGUUGUGGGACGAUAGGAGGGCCUGUGCUUUGCAUUUGGACAUUUAACAUUUUCUAAAUCUUUGUUUUGUUGCUGCAACUUCGAGUUCAGUAUUGAAUUACUUGCUUUUGUAAUGAUUUUGUUUUUCUGUGCUUUAAGUUAUACUACAAUAUAGGUCCAGGAACAAAUGUGAAUCUUUGUGCAAUAUUAUAAUACUUUUAAAUAUUUUAAAGUUGUUUUAGAUGUGGUGAACAAGAUAGCUAAUUCACAGUUCUUCAUUAGUUAGUUAAUGAGAUACAACUUUGUGGUUAAGAGACCUUUUAUUUUCGGUGAGGAUUUCCCAUGCGUGGAUUUUCUGGGUUUAAUUGGUAAUGUGUAACAGAAAUCCACCAAGCCCAAACAUUCCCUCGAUCAUCCCACUGAAGAAUUUGAUCAAAUGUAAAGAAGGACACACUAGAAUUGUGAUCAGUGAGGCACCACACAUACUUGUGUUGAAACGGUUGAUAAACUCAGCAGUGUGAAGUCUGGCCUUGGAGUAAAAGGAACGAGAGAGUCAGACGAGGAGUUUCUGAUGCUCCAGUCAAACUGAUUUGAUUUACUGACGGCAUAAGAGGUGUAAGUUACAAAAUACUGUAAAAUUACAUUUGGCUUUUGAGCUUGCGUGUACAUCAUCUUCAUAUUUUUAGAGAAGAAGACUGUUCAGGUCAUAUGGUGUGGUGCAAAGCUUUUAUUAAAUCACUUUACCA